UUCUGGCUGACUUCUUCAAGUUGUUUCAACAAAUAAUAUCUCACCAUUGAAUUUUCACUGUGUUCUAAUAAGUGGUUCAAGACAGCCGAUUUUAUCAUGUUUGUUGCAUGUCUCAGAUAUCGAAAUUUACGGUCAUGAACCUGGUGUCAGUUAGAAACAAUCCGUUGGAGACAGUAGAAAUGAUUUUAAGAUCUAUCCCGUGGUUUAUUGUGUUAUUUUGCAGCAGCUGUGCAGCAGACUAUUUUGUGAGCACACCUCCAGAGGAUUAUGGAAACAGGAGUAAUCUUUCAGAUUGCCAGGAACGUUUCUACCCGGACCUCGAUAAGUACAGUGAGCACAGUACUUACGGGGGUGCUCCAGCAUCUCGAGGCGAAUUUCAGCACAUGGUUGCUAUCGGAUGGCUAACGGAAACAGGAAUCAGCUACCUUUGUGGAGGAUCACUCAUAACUUCUACUUUUGUACUCACAGCUGCCCAUUGUGCAUUCGAUUCUAAUGGAAACCGCCCUGUUACAGCCCGUUUAGGCGACAUCGAUGUGAGCAAUGCAGAAGAUGACCAAUUUGCUCAACAAAUACCUAUCAAAAGGUUCAUAAAACAUCCCAUGUAUCGAGCAUUCAAGCAUUACUAUGACGUAGCCCUGGUAGAGUUAGAACGGGAAGCCGAGUUCAGCGAAGCCGUUUGCCCUGCCUGCCUUUGGAUGGAACAGAAUGUUCCUCCGGAACCGUUAACUGCUAUCGGAUUUGGCAGACUGGGAUUCGCUGGAGAGCUCAGCCCAACGCUUCAGAAGGUUCAGCUGCCGGUUAUCAAUGAGACGGAAUGCUCCAGUCGACUCUCGUUGCCGUUACGUUCUUUGCCUCGGGGAAUUGUGAGCGAACAAUUCUGUGCGGCCAGUCCUGCGAUGGAUACUUGCGAGGGUGAUUCGGGGGGUCCUAUCCAAACCGAACGCGUAGACGUGGACAGAUCGAUUAUACCCUUAAUUGUAGGUGUAGUGUCGUUUGGAACUCCUUGUACGGCGGGAUCAACCGGAAUUUAUAGUCGGGUAGCUUCAUACAAAUCGUGGAUUGAGCAGGUGACUGGACAACUCUUUGAUCAUCUAGCAUGUACUCGUGGCUCGAAAUGCAGGAACCGGAAAAAAAUUGCCGCGUAUUAUGGUGUUAACAUCCUGACCCCGCCACAACAACCUUAUCACAGAGUUGCUUUGUUGUGGAGUUCAUCGGAUACGGACAAGUUCCGAUGUGGCGGUACCUUAGUCGAUUAUCGACAUGUUCUAACGUCUGCUUACUGUGCUACCAAGCUACAGGGACCUCCAAAGUUCAUAGCUGUUGAAUCAACCGAUGAAAUUGUACCAAUUGAGGACAUCGCCGUCCAUCCCGGUUUCAGUGAUACUCGUCCACAGUUCGAUUUGGCGCUGUUAAGAUUAUCGAAAUAUCUCAAGGCGGAUAGUGAUCUUCUGCCGGCUUGUCUAUGGCGCGAGUCCAGAAUCAAAGAGCCGUUGAACUUGAUGUACUAUUCUGCCUAUAGCGCUCGAUUCGAAGACGAUAAACUGAAGUCUUUAGCAAAUCCAAACGAGAGAUGUGUUGUGAUGACGGCAAUUGGUGACAAUGGCAAAUGCGUUGAGGAGAAGCUGCAGGAGGCCGAUAUGCUGUGUUCAAAGAACGAGAACCAACUUAUUCCAGGGGUUUGUAAGAUGGACGUAGGAGGUCCGGUGACCAAUUUGAAUAGCAUCAAAUUCCUACCUCAGUUAUUCGGCGUGGUUUCACCCUUGAGCCAAGGUUGCGAAAAUCCGGUCACGGCUGUUCGGGUUGCUUCUAACCUGGAUUGGAUUGAAAACACUAUUCUCGGGCAAAGUCAUCCUUGAUUAACAAACUAAUAAAAAUGUUUAUAAAAUUAA